CUUCACUCACCAGGAAGUGAGCGGGCCGAGCUGAGUUUUGCUCAAACAAGCUGAGGCUGCAUUACGUACUAAAAUAAAGUUGAAACGGAAUAUCUUCGAACAGAGAAGUUACAUAAGUAUUGGCCUCGGUUUCGUUUGUUUGGUCGCUGUCGGAGCAGGUUCGUCCCAUCUAAAUGUGAGCUGAAGGUGCAACUCCUCUCGACAUGUCACCGCCUCAGAAACGCCACCCGCCCCGCCUGCUUCUCGUGGUCCUGCUGCUCGGCGGCUGGACAGCAGACGGAGCUCUGAAUGGGUCGGAGGCGGUGGCGUCCGGCGUCCCCUCCAGCGGAACCAUUGUGGCGAAAGAGGGAUCCAGCGUGCUGAUCGAGUGCAACGUGACCCGAAGCUACGAUGAAAUCGAGUGGUACAACUCUAAGGGACUUCUGCUGGGUGACGACACAAGUGGGAAGUGGAACGUUCAGGAGAAGGGCGUCCUGAACAUCACCACGGUCUCCUUUGAGGACCGCGGCCGCUACACCUGCGUCACCGACGGUGCCCAGAGCUACGCCGUGACGCUUCGCGUCGCCCACACCGACAGCGACCUGGGCCUGUACUACGUCAUCGUAUGCCUGGUGACCUUCACCAUCAUCAUGAUCCUCAACGUGGCGCGCCUCUGCAUGGUAAGCAGCCACCUCAAGAAGACAGAGCAGGCCAUCAAUGACUUCUUCCGCACCGAGGGCGCAGAGAAGCUGCAGAAGGCAUUCGAGGUCGCCAAGCGCAUUCCCAUCGUCACAUCAGCCAAGACGCUGGAGCUCGCCAAGGUCACGCAGUUCAAGACCAUGGAGUUCGCCCGGCACAUGGAGGACCUGGCUCGUAGCGUCCCGCUGCCGCCGCUCAUCAUGAACUGCCGCGUGUCCACGGAGGAGGUCGCGGAGACUGGGCCGCCUCACCCCGCAGAGCAGGCCGGGCCCUCGGUGUCCAGGAGCAGACAAGCUAUCGGCCCUCCUUCCGCGGAGAGAAGUGAGGAGGAGGGGUGCCAGGCGCUGCUGCUGCCGCCGAGCGGAGGGAACGGCGAAAGCGUCGACGUCAAAGUUUCCAUCCACACGGUGUCCGAGAAGAUGGCGCCGGGCUCACGGACAAGUGUCCUAUGAAAGCAACAUAUAAGCUGACUCUGAAGCCCGUCAGAAGAAAGACAGCCUCUGAUGUCUCAACUGCAAGUGGCUUACGGUGCAGCGAUCAAAAAUAUUGCAAAAAUACAUACCAAGUCGUGCUCCUUUUCCUUCUUGCGUGAAAGUAUUUCCAUGCGAUGUCGCAAAAUUGCAACAAAAAAAAAAAUCACAAAGUCCGAUCGUCAACAGAGUUCAGAAUUCUAUUUUCUCUUGCCUUGAAUACAUUUAAUCUUUAGUUUUCAUGUUUUGUGUGGUCGGGGAUCCCUUCAACUUUCCAUUCCGCGGGCUCACAGCUGGUGGAGGAGCUGACGUAUAAGAGCUGAUUUUCCUCGACACCAUUUUGCUGCUUUUCACUUUGACAAGUCGGCUUCCGCAGAACAAAACGUUGUCACGAAAUAUCCUCGUUCCGUUGUGUCGACUGCUUUCAUGUCGCCGAUUCAUGUCAGUCAUCUGUCACUCGCAGGGAAGAAGCGGGGAGGCUUUGAAGUAAUGCCUCAAAAACAUGUCACUUCACAGAUGCGAUUGAUAUCUCCACGGCUCAUUUUGUUCGUCAGAAUGGCGGAUAAUUAUAGGUGAGCUUGUUCUCCAGGGGGAAAGAAGUAAACAUAAAAAUAAAAAAAAGAAGAUUCUUUGGGAAUUCUUUUCAAAGUCUUUUUCUUCUUCUUUGACAUGAAGCUGACGCAUUGUUUUCUCUCUGUAUUUCUAGUGACAUUUAUGAGCAUUGAACAUGAAGUAAAGACUCAUUUGGGAGAAAAGUUGUAAUUGAUUCUCUCUAUGUGCACGGAUCGUCCAUAAGCAGGGUGAGGUGUCUAAUGUCAGUGCGUCCAUCACAACAGCACUGUUUCUAAAUGGGGUCACAAGGCUUAAAAACAAAGAAAAUAGUGUUUAACAUUACAAUAAAAUAUAUAUAAAAUAACGAUCUUAUGUGUUUUGUUUUGCGUUUGAGCACUUUAUAACAUCCCAUUGUACUUGUUUAUCUGUGGCUAUGAGGAGUUUUCUUUUAGAACCUAAAAACCAAAUCGAAUGCCAAAAAGUGUUGAGAAACAUGGAUAUACAGCUUCUUUACGCAGUCUCGGGGAGAUGUAUGUAAGAAAAGUCAUGCAAGAUGUGUUAACUGAGAAAGUUGUGGAACUGGACGACUUUGGUGAAACUUUUUGUUGCAGUAAAUGUUAGAAUGUCAUAGCUGACUGUUUAAGAUCAUACGCGAGCACCAAAAGCAACAACCUUUAAGAGGCGAUAACUAAAUAAAUACAAUAAAAAACAUGCAAAUGUG